AUGACUACAGAAGAUCAUUCCUUGUCUACAGACGAGUUCGUCCAAUCACCCAUGGCAUUCAACAAGGAUCAUUCAGAGUGGCACACCCAAGAGCACACCGCCUGCUUUGUGAGCCCCCUGCUUCUGCCUCAUUCGUCGCCCGCAAGUGCUGAGGGCCACUUUGAGCCACUCGAAGUCUCCCUCUCACAAGGUUUAGAGCCCUACGAUCCAUACGUGUACCCCACGCUUGAUAGCAUGUGGGGCAGUUGCUCUAACCGAGGCAACAAUCUACAUCAACACAACAACAUCCGAAUUGAUACAGCAGGCCUUGAGCCAUAUUAUCAGACCGCCCAUUCACUCUCCUCGUUACCCUCUCAUUCGGAUGCUGUAUACCCUGCCACUCCUCCAGCGAGCAUCUUCACCUUACCUCCUGACUGUCCGGGCGAACACUAUAACGCGGCAUCUGUGAUGCCGCCAUUGUCGUCUCGUAGCCAAACUCCGCCGACGCCGUUUAGUCUUGGGUAUUCUACCCAACCCUAUGGGCUGCCUGUGAUCCCGCAACCCCCCACGCCGCCACUCGCGUCCCCCCAAACUCCUUACGGCAGUUCGGGGCCCAACUCACCUCAUCACUCUUCAUCGCCGUUUCCGCCAUCUCAACAGAGCGCGGAUGACCGAGAGCGCUACUCCCAUCGCGAGCAAAUACAGUUUUUCAAAGAGGCUCACUCUCUCCCCUCAGCUCAUGACUGGGGAGCGAUGGUACCGCAACAGAUGUAUCGCCCCCAUACCAACAGCGAUCGCCGCCGAUACGUAGAGGACGUCAAAUUAGAGGGCCCUAUGUAUUUCUACAUGGAGCAUGGCGUGUGCGGGAUCUCUUUGUCGGAUGCCUUGCAUUCCAGAGUGAGAAAGCUCCGCGGUCGUGACGAGACUGUCUUUGAGGGCAGAGGCCCUAGCGUGUCCAUCCGCCUCGAGUGGCCUGGCUAUCGCCAAUGGAGUCGCCAGAUCCCGACUAAAGAUUUUCGGAGCCCUCCUGGACCAAUCACACGGGCAAAAUUGGCGAAGAACGUAGCUAAAUGUGUGAAGCGAUUUAUUGAGGAUCGACAGAAUGAGACCCUGGAAGACGAGGCGGACGAACGGUGGAGGGUGGGCAGCGCGCCUACCUCCCGGAUUAAGUUCGAAGACCUGGUGCUUGUCAGUAUCCAUCAUGUCUCGAUGGGCAGCUGGCAGCCCCAACUUAGAGUCAAGCGUGGUCACUAA